UAUCAAUCUUCAGCGCUCAACACUCAACGCUCAACGCUCAAUACACCUGAGCUAGCUCAACAUCAUAACCACCUAUCUACCUGCAUCAAGAAACAUCCUAUUCAUUCUACUUACCCACUUCACAAAACAAAACGUGAACAAAAACCAUGGUAUCCCUCAAAGUACUCUUCACCUACCUUACCACAAUCUCAAUCUCAACCACCACCUCAGCAACCCCACUCACCAACCACAACCACAACCUCAUCACACCCAACACCCUCAUAUCGGAUAUAAACACCAUAAGCCAAGCCAUCCAAUCCCUAACUUACACCCUCAGCACCCUCAGCGCCCUCAGCACUCACAACAACCUAACCCUCUCCACAAUCCACCUAACCCUCAAAUUCGCCUCCAUCCACACCUCCACCACCGAAGCAUACCUCGACGCCAAACUGAUCUCAGCAAUCCCCUCCUUCGACUCAAACCGCAUCGUAGAAUAUACAUAUUCGAACGUGGGAGUUGAAAUACCCGAAGCUAUCCGAGUAUUGAAAAGUAAGAAAGAGGAUUUUUCUACUAAAUUUGAUCUUUCGAGGAUUGUUUUGCGGGGAUUAAAGGUCCUGAGAUAUGAUUAUGAGAGAUUUAGUAAGGCUUUGUGUGCGAAGUUGACGCCGGAUGUUAUGGAUAGGGCGAAUGUGAUGAUUGGGGUGAUUGAUACGGCUUUACAAGAUGGGAUUGAUUAUUUUUCUUCAUGAGUCGCUGGUUGUUUUCUGGGCUCAAACGUCACCCUUCUGCAGAAAGAGAUGGUUGGGAUGAAAUGUUUUUAUAAAAGUUCAGUUGAAAGCGAUAAGUGAAGGCUAAAACUUUGAUAAUUCACUCUUAUUUUGAUUAACCCUAUAUGCAUCCAAACAG